AGUCCCCGGCAGACCAUGUUCUUCUACACGCCGUCCCCUGACCAGCUGCACGGCCCCUUCGCUGUCAGGCUGGGCAAGUACAAGGCCCAUUACUUCACACAAGGUUCCUUCCACAGUGAUACGACCCCAGACCAGGCCUGCCACGGGACAACCCCACUGACCCCUCACUUGCCCCCGCUGCUCUUCGACCUGGAAUCAGACCCAGCUGAGAACUACAAUCUGCUGGAGAGCGGCGCAGGGCCGGAGAUUCUGCAAGUCCUGAAGGAGAUCAAGCUGCAGAAAGUGCUUUUUGAACAGCGCAUGGAGUUUGGGGAGAGCCAGAUGAGGAGGGGCAGGGAUCCUGCCCUGCAGCCCUGCUGCUCACCAAACUGCUCUCCUAAGCCUUCCUGCUGCCGCUGCUCCUGA